CUGAAUGAACAAUUUGAGCAAUCGUAAAAUUGCUGUUCGUUGGUGUCAAAAGGUGAAAAGAAAAAAAGUAAAGCGCUUUGCGAAAAGCAGCGCAAAAUAAAUCAUUUCGGUUAAAAGUGUCAUUCUUCGAGAUAGUUUUCUAUUUUUUUACUGCUGUAAACUUGUUAAACCGGAUUGAUUUCUGUACCUAACGAUCAAAAGGCUUGAAUCAUGAGCUCUGAAGAAGGCACGGAACAAACGAACGUUGAGUUGACAUCGACCGAACAGACCGAUGAGCAGCAACAGUCAGUCAGCGAACUCGAGAAGCAGGAGGAAGCCAAAUUGAAGGCAAAGUAUGGCACUAACGUGGGUCUGGGAGGGCCCCGCGGACUUGGCGGGCAUUCGGCGUUCCUGCAAAAACGACUUCAAAAGGGUCAAAAGUAUUUCGACUCCGGAGACUAUCAGAUGGCUAAGCAGAAAGGCGGUGGGAUUAAGCAAGUGUUUGCCAACAAAGUUCCAACCGGGGAGGCCAUUCCGACACCGGAAACUGUGCCAGUGAGGAAAACCUCCAUCAUUCAAACCUGCAAUAAGUUUCAAAGCAGUUAAGUAAGCGAUCAGUCCCCUCCUUUUUCAUUCAACUUUGAUUUAUCGUUUCUCCUUACGUUCCCUGGAUUAUCGUCGGUACUGUGCUUGUAAUUAUCUCCUUGAUUCUGCUGUGUGAGUUUCAAUACAUGAAAAAUGGGACGAAAUCAGUUUAUCGCUUUCCCAUUAGAAGAGUGCCCAAGUAAUAUUUGGUCAUGUUUUCAACUGAAUAGUAAUGUGCGUAUGGUUAGAUUUAUGUUCUAGUUAUUAAUGUUUCCGUUCUAUCAUAAAAUGUUCUUGAUUAAAUUGUCUAUGUGAAAAAAAUAAUUAUAUAAUAAAACAAUUGAUGAGGCAAGAGGUAUAGGAA